AUGUUCGAGACCACGCUGACCCUGCCGCGCACCAGUGUGCUCACGGAACCGUUGGGCAGCGCCGGAACCGGAACUGGGCCCUCCACAUCGACGGCCGCCGUGGCCGUUCAGACAUCCAAACGGAGGCGACGGCGGCGCAACAAACGCCGUCGCAAAUCAUCGCUGUCGAGCAGCACGGAUGCCCCGUCGUCCCGCACUUAUGAUCCCGUGAUGACGGGCAGUACGCACCGAUCGGGCGUGGCGGCAUCGACGGGCGGCGGGAGCGUUGGAACGGGACCAGUGCGACGGGGUCGGCGCAGGAGCGGGGUCAGCUCAUCUUCAUCGGCGGCAGCGGCGGCGGCUGCAGCAGCGGCAGCCGAAGAGGAGGCGCAACAGGCGGAAGAGGAGGCUGUUCGGCAGGAGGAGGCUGCGGAGAUCUUGAGCGGCAACAGCAGCCCAUCGAUGUUCGUCGAUCCGCAGGACUUCUUUGAGACCCUGGACUAAAUCUAGAUUAUUUACAAUUCGUAGUAGGUUAAAUUUUGUUGUUACUUCCUUACGUUCUCACCUUAUUUUUUUAAACGCGCCACUAACUUCGGAGCGCCUCAAUUUAAACCGAUUAAUUGCGCCCUUCUUUUAACUGUUCGAUUAUGCUAAAGUUGCGAUGCUUAAUGCGGCCUUUGAUUUAGCGUGAUUUUUUAAUAACUUUUAACAUAUAUUUUAUAAAGCCUCUCUAAGCAUAAAGUGUGUAAUAUUAUGAUGUAUAAUUAAAUUUGCGAACUGUGCUGCGACACGAUCAUUGAAACUGAUUUGAUUCUUUGUUUUUCGCUUCCACCGCCCAAAAACACACUGCUAAAAACACAACACCAAAACAUAAUCUAGAAUCGAAACUGAAGUGGACUAGCCAAGUGCAAAAAUUGUUCAAUCAUUUACUUAGAAAGUUAAUAGAGAACCGUAAAAUCCAUAGUUAAUUGGUUUACACGUACGUAGACUCCGCGUUCAGAUUUUCCGAGUUUUCUGCGAUUUUCGAUGGACUUCGCGUCAUUAUGUGUAUUGUGGCAAGACUAAGCAAAAGCAAAAGAACAUUUUAAGUGUAAUAAUUCGCUAUAGUGAUUAAGCAAAUUACAAUUUAAUCUAUAUAUACAAGAUUGGUCAUACACACAUACGGCAAGCAUGAAUACAAUUAAACCGGAUAAUCGUUUAAAUAUAUUGUAUGGAUGUGUAUUUCAGGAAAA